GUGAGCCGCGCCUCCUUGGCUGGGCGGGCGCUGGGGCUGCUGUCGCGCGCGGAGGCAGCGUUGGUGCGGGUGCCUGCUGCCGGCGGAGCACAGCGGCUCAGCUACGGAAGUGUCAUCUGCAAAGUUGAAGGAAAGGAAAAGCAUAGUGAUUCUGGGUGUGAUCCUGAGUGUUUUAUGUGACAGACGGAUGCUGAGUUUCUAACUCCAUCAUUCUAGAUUGUUGAACCUGAACUGGAACUGCUACCUUUCUAGCUUUAGACACCAGUGGUAGAGGAUGUUGAAGUAUCAACUUCUAGAACAUCAGAAGUGGCAGCAUAAUCAUCUGCAAUGAUCACUAUGAAAUCACUAUUUGUUAAACGAUCCUUGUUUGUGACGGGGAACAAAUGAAACUUGAGGUUUGCUGGGAUGGGUAAUCUUCUUAAGGUCCUUACCAGGGAAAUUGAAAACUAUCCACAUUUUUUCCUGGAUUUUGAAAAUGCACAACCUACAGAUGGAGAAAGGGAGGUAUGGAAUCAGAUCAAUGCAGUUUUACAGGAUUCUGAAAGCUUGCUUGCAGACCUUCAGGCUUACAAAGGAGCUGGACAAGAAAUAAGAGAUGCAAUACAAAACCCAAAUGAUAUCCAACUUCAAGAAAAAGCUUGGAAUUCAGUGUGUCCUCUGGUUCUGAGGCUGAAGCAGUUUUAUGAGUUUUCACUCAGACUAGAGAAAGCACUACAGAGCUUAUUGGAAUCAUUGACCUGUCCACCCUAUACUCCAACUCAACACCUGGAACGAGAACAGGCUCUAGCCAAGGAGUUUGCAGAAAUCUUACAUUUUACUCUCCGCUUUGAUGAACUUAAGAUGAGAAAUCCAGCCAUUCAAAAUGACUUCAGUUACUACAGACGGACAAUAUAUCGCAACAGAAUAAACAAUAUGCAUAUAGACAUUGAGAAUGAAGUAAAUAAUGAAAUGGCCAACAGAAUGUCUCUAUUUUAUGCAGAAGCCACACCAAUGCUGAAAACACUCAGCAAUGCCACAACACACUUUGUAUCAGAAAACAAAACCCUACCGAUUGAGAAUACAACAGACUGUUUAAGUACUAUGGCCAGUGUAUGUAAAGUCAUGUUGGAAACACCAGAAUACAGAAGUCGCUUCACCAGUGAAAACACUCUUAUGUUCUGCAUGAGAGUAAUGGUAGGCGUUAUUAUUCUCUAUGAUCACGUUCAUCCUGUGGGAGCUUUUUCUAAGACAUCAAAGAUUGACAUGAAGGGGUACAUAAAAGUUUUAAAGGAACAGCCUCCUGAUACCGUGGAAGGCCUUCUGAAUGCUCUCAGGUUCACUACAAAACACCUGAAUGAUGAAUCUACUUCCAAGCAAAUUCGAGCUAUGCUUCAGUAGUCCCUUCUGAGACAAGUGGAUCUAUGUAUUGAUCACAGAAGAUGUGUAUGUUUACAUAAUUUAAUACAGAUUGGUGUUAAUACUUGUGUGUAUGUUCUUCACAUCACUGAAAUCUAUGAAUCUUUAGUCAUAACAUGACUGACUUUAUAUAGCACAAUCUCUAUUUACAUGUUGGCCUUAUCUUUUUACAUUUUACUUCAGCUACAUCUAUAACCGUCUGUUGUUGUCUGUGUUUGUUUAAUCCAAAAAAGCCGCCUCUUUCACAGAAGUAAGCAGUAGUAAGGACAAAAUGGAGGUCAAAAAGUCUAAACCCUAGGGGUGAAAUCUUGCAGGAGAAAUUGAAUGUGAAUUAAGUGAAAUUGUCUCAUUUCUUUUUUAGUGUGCUGUUGGAAAUUUAGUUUUACAUAAAGAUCUCCAUUGAAUUUUUAUGGAAUGAAGGUCAUUUGAAUGUUCAGCACCAUUGCAUGAGACACAACAUGUUUUGUAUUAGGCAGAAGGAAAAGUGACCACCUACUGCUCAUUCUUGCUUGGCUAAUAACAGCCAACACAUUCUCUUGCCAAAGACGACAUUGUGUCUCUUUGGUUUAUUAUGUAACCCUUGCUGUUCCGCAGUUGAGAAAUUAAUAUCCUGUUUCAGGUUUAAUGUAUUUACUUAUAAAAUGCAGCUCAAGACUAUCCUGAGAUUCAGACAAGCUUGUAUUACUGAAUAAGAAAAAUACUCUUAGGCCUAAUGCCUGAAGCUUGGAGAACGAGGAAGUAUUAAAGCCUUGUGUAAAUUAGAAAGCUUAUGCCAGUUCCCCAAAUGAAAUCUAAGGGUCUGUCUACACUGAAAUGAAACACCUGCAGCUGGCCCUGGUCAACUGACACGGUCUCAAAGGGCAUGGACUGCGGGCUAUAAAAUAGCAGUGUAGAUGUUGGGUCUUGGAUUGGAGCCCAGGACCCUUCCCCCUUGUGGGGUCCCAAACCCUGGGUUCUAACCAGUGGUGUAGGCAGGUGGAGGGAACGGGGAGCGAUACCAAAAAAAAAAAAAAAAAAAAAAGCACCACCCGCUGCGGCACUCUUACUCACCUGGCAGCACUCCAGAUCUUCGGCGGCGGCCCCUUAACUUGCUCCGGGGGUCUUCGGCGGCACUGAAGGACCCGCUGCCAAAGACCUGUGGAGCGAGUGAAGGUCCCACUACCGAAGACCUGGAGCGCCGCCGGGUGAGUAAAAUAAAAGCGCCGCAGCUUUUUUAAUCACUCCCCUGGGUGAGUACAAAGGCGCCAGGAAAUUGACAAGGCACCACUUGUGCUCAGUGGGGGAGCCCCCCCGGCUCCCCAGCUACGCUACUGGUUCUAACCCAAGCCUGAACAUCUACACUGCAAUUUUAAAGCCUCAAUCCCCACAACAUGGGCCAGCCGCAGGUCUCUUAUUGUAGUGUAGACAUACCUUAAAUGGGCAAAAAGCCUUUUUGCUGGUAUAACUGUCUCUGUACUAGAGCCUUCUGCUGAUGCAAAAACAUUGUAAAGACACCCUCACCCCUAACUGACAUUAUUAUACCAGCAAAAGUUUCUAGUGUAAACCUGGUCUCAUUAGAGCAGGAGUGAUAUAAAGAGGGUUUGAUGGUGUUUGGGAGUUGGGCUAUUUGUAAACUUCCUUAAAAUUAAACUCCUUUAGUACUUUUUAUCAGCCAAUACCAUGUGAAAACUGAGAAGUUUCAGUUGCUUACUUAGCCGUUGUUUUCAAAUGUGACUUAUGCUUUCAAGAAGUUGAGUUCCUCACUGAGUUGCAUUUGUUCUUAGUUUCUCCAGUCGAAGUAAUAGAGGUCUUUUGCCAAAACCAGCAAAGUGCUCUUUUGAGUGUCUGAGUGACCUGCAGCAGCUGUGAAUUUUCUAGCAGAGAGGAUCACGUUUUCAAAAACAUGCGCUACAUUUUGCAUGCUUGGCUUACACGUUUGCAUGUAAACUCUAAGGCAUAUGCAUAAACCCUGAUUUGUGUAUCCGUAUACAUAUUGGAGUUUUUGUGCAGUCACUGGAGUUUUCAUGAAUGCACUUCAGAAAAUGUGGCCCUUUCAUGUUUUGGAGGUAUAACGCUGCACGCUAGAAACUGUACUGUACUGCUACAAAGCUACUUAUCAAUGUCAGUUCUUAGGUAGUAUUUAGUUUGUAAGCUCUUGGGGUAGGGAUUGCCUUCUGUUUUAUAUUUACACAGCACUUAUUACUCUGAGGCCUCAAUUCUGAUUGGGGCCUCUAGAAGCUAAUGUAGUACAGCUAAUAAUGCUUCUGACUCUACUAUACAGCUGCUGCUGAGUACUCAAAUGUCAUCAGAAACAGUUUAAUAUAGGGAUACUUACCAAAUGUAAAAAAGUACUUUCACCAUUGUCAGCUAAAUGGACUACAGAUUCGUAGUGGAUCUGGUAGAUUCUUUAUUCGCUAAAUUUCCUAAAGUUAAUACUUGCCGAAAGAGGAGAGCUGUGUAAUAAAAAUGUAAACCUGAAAGCAUUCUUAAAGUUGUCAUGUGCUGUUUGCAAAUGUCCAUGCAUUUCUUUGCCUGGUGUGACGGGAUUAUUUUGUACAGAAGUUUGUAUGAAAUAAUAAAAAGUUUGGUACAUUCACA